UGCGCCUCACGGCGCUGGAGAAUGAAGUUCCCGUGUGGAGCUGCUGGGGGCAUUUAGCUGUGGCAGGACGUAAUUACCCCAGUUACCACAAGCAAGGUGGUUGCAUUCAGUGCCCUCAAAAGAUGCAUCAGCCGCGGGGCUGCAGCCGGGAUGGGGUCUCGGGAAGCCUGGACGCGCACAGGCAGUGCGGCCACCCUGCAGGAGCGGCUGGCAAGAGCCUUAUGGAGUUCAACAAGGAGUGAACAGUGCGCAGCCGUGGCAAAGGAAGCCGAUGGGAUGCUGGGGACCAUCAAAAACAUCACCAGCAGAGAUAAAGAUGUCAUUGUCCCACUCUGCUCAGUGCUUGUCUGGCCAUACCUGGAAUAUUGUGUUCAGUUGUGGUCCCUGCUGUACAAAAGGAUGUGGGCAGGCUGGAGAGGGUCCAGAGAAUGGCCACACUGGACACCUAAUAUUUGGACGAAUAACGUGCUGGCACAUCUAGUGUAGGUCACGCUUUGCCUGGAAAGGUUGGACUUUCCAACCUGGUAUCUGUGAUUCUAUGAUUCCUGGACCAGCGCAGGAGGAGGCUCCUUCCCGCAGCUUCCCUGGCCCUGCGCAGUGCCAGGGGCCAGCAGCACCCAUAUCCAAUUCCCUGUGCCGACCACACGAACCAAACACUGCUGUUGCCACACUUGGACAGUCAAAGAACUUGGGAAUGGGAUCAAACACCCGCAGAACCCAUCCGCCUGCGCUGACCGCGACUUCAAAGGCAGCGCUCAGGCAUCAAAGCGAUGCACAUCCAUUGAAAGCCAUGCGGCUCUGGAGGACGUGCCCUGCGAAGGACGCGGGAAGCCUGCCCAGCUUCCCGGGCUGUUUUCCAGCCAGCGUUUGCCCUGGGCGACUGAGUCAACGCAGGAACGCGGGGCGUCACGGGGGAGCGGGGCCGGGUGUCACACACCGGGAGCCGGGUGUCACGCACACACACCGGGGAGCCGGGCACGGUGUCACACACACACCCCGCGGAGCAGCGCGGGGUGCCGCACACCGGCCCCAUGGGCGAGCUCCGGUGAGGCCGCUCCGGCGGCAGCUCGGGCCGGGCCGGGGCGGAGCCUGGCGGCCGCCUCCGCCGCUCCCCGCCGCGGCUGACGUGGCCCGGGCGCGGGGCGGACAUGGCGGACGGCAGCAGGCAGAGCAGGCUGGCGGCGGCCAAGAAGAAGCUCAAGGAAUAUCAGCAGAAGAACAGCCCCGGAGCAACCGCAGGGACUAAGAAGAAGCGCAAAACUAAAGAAGACAGUCGACCAGAGACUCCCCCCAACGACGACCAGCAGCCUCCAGAGAACAUUCAGAACAUUCUGAAGGUGCUGGUGUCAGACCUUAACCGCUCCAAUGGGGUAGCCAUACCCUCAUUGGACAAGAGGAAGGCAUACUUUGACAGUGAUGUUGCCACUCGUAAUGCUGAACAGCUUGCUACCGAUGUCCCUGUGCUAUCUAACAGCAACAGCCUACCUAGUUGUGGUUCUGUUCUGCCUGCUCCUGGGAGCAUGCAGCUGACACAGAUUCAUGACACUGAGGAUCACAAAAAUGCUUUGGAUGAGAACAGGUCUUUCUCCUCAACAGAAAGUCUCCGGCAGUUGUCAGAACAACUCAAUGGCCUCGUUUCUCAGUCUACAUCGUAUGUGAAUGGUGAAAGUGCUGUUUCUUCCACAAACAUUAAGGAAAUGGAAACACGUUACCAGGAGCUGGCAGUAGCCCUGGAUUCCAGCAAUCUAACUAACAAACAGCUCGUUACAAAGAUAGAGGAAUUGAAGCAGCAGAACGAAGAAGCGGUGAAUCAGCUGGAGAAGGAAAAGAAGGAGUUUGAACAGAAAUUUUCUAAGGAGCAAGCAGCACUGAGGGAACAGCUCCAGGUUCAUAUCCAGACAAUUGGAAUUCUGGUUUCUGAGAAGUCUGAGUUGCAGACAGCCCUUGGACAUACUCAGCAAGCAGCACGGCAGAAAUCAGGAGAAGCUGAAAGCCUUGCUGCUCGUUUACAUUCAUCUCGCCAGAGGGUAUCGGAGCUAGAACGUACUUUGUCCUCCAUCUCUAUGCAGCAAAAACAGUCAGAGAAGCAUAACAAAGAGUUGGUGAAGGAGCGAGACAACCUGAAGCUGGAACUGUACAAACAAAGCAAAAGUAGUGAGGAAAUAAAGCAGCAGAAUUCAGAGCUGUCAGAGCAAGUUCACUCACUGAUUUCCAAGAACUCGGCUAUGAAGUUGGAUAUGGAGGAUUUGCAUAAGAAACUGGAAAUGGCUGAACUGAUGAUUCAACAGUUCUCAAGUCAGGCAGGGAGCCUGGAUGCAAACCAGCAGUUGCAGAUGGCACUGGAGGAGAAGGCGAGCCUGGAGGCCCAGGUUACUCAGCUCUCGGAGUCACUUCACCAGCUCCAGGCAGAAAGAGAUCAGUAUGUAGAGAAACUGAAGGAGGAGCAGAGCAUUUGGCAGCAGCGGGUACAGCAGCUCUCUGAGCAGGUCCACACAAUGGCAGAAGAGAAGGAGAAGCAUAUGGCCCAAAUUCGGGAGCUGGAAGCCAAUGUGACAGAGCUGUUGAGCAAAUCAGCAGUUAAGCCCAUGGAUAUUGAGCCUUCCCCACCAGAAAGGCCCACAGCAGCUGAGCUGAGUCUGCAGGAAGAGAUCCAGCGGCUGCAGCAAGAGAAGGAGGAGCUGCAUGGGCAGUACCAGGCCCAGGUCCGGGACAACGAGCAGCUGAGCCACCUCAACAGGGAGCAGGAGGAGCGGCUGCUGGAGCUCGAGAAGGCUGUGCAGCGCUACAACGAGGAGUCUGUGGACAGACAGCAGAUCCUGGAGGACAUGCAGAGUGACAAGGCCACAAUCAGCAGGGCGCUGAGCCAGAAUCGGGACCUGAAGGAGCAGCUGGCUGAGCUGCAGAAUGGGUUUGUCAAACUGACAAAUGAAAACAUGGAGAUCACCAGUGCCCUACAGUCAGAGCAACAUGUAAAGAAAGAGCUGGCCAAGAAGCUUGGGCAGCUGCAGGAGAACCUGGGGGACCUCAAAGAGACGCUGGAGCUGAAAACACAGGAGGCUCGGGCUCUGCAGGAGCAGCGGGACCUGUACUACAGCCACUUACAGCAGUACACCGUGGCCUACCAGCAGCUGUCUGCGGAGAAGGAGGAACUGCACAAACAGUACUUGCUCCAGACACAGCUCAUGGAUCGGCUACAGCAUGAGGAGGUUCAGGGGAAGGUGACGGUGGAAAUGCACCUGAAGGAGCUGCAGCAGACCAAGGAAAAUCUGGAAGCUGUAGCUAAGGAGAACAAAGAGCUGCAGGCCCAGAUCAGUCAGUUAGCAGCAGACCUGGAUGGCAGGAUUUUGCACCGCCUAGAGGGAGAUGGAGUUGAAAGUGAAGCAAUGACCGAAGAAAUCCCCAAAUCUUCAUUUGUGAUCCCAGAGAAGUUUGAAAGCCAUGAAGAAAUGGUCGCUUUCUUGACAUCUACCAUGUCCCAAGUGGAGAAGGAGCGAGAAGAUGUGAGGCAGCAGCUGGCUGCUCAGAAGCAGCAGUGCAGGGGCCUCCUGCAGCAAAUAGCAGCGCUCAGGCAGGAGCAGCAGCAUCACGUCCCGCUGGGUGGAGGUUCUGAUACAGAUACUGUUCCAGUGGAGGUUCACGAGGCUUUGAAAACUGCCAUGGAGAAACUACAGUUCCGUUUCACAGACCUGAUGCACGAGAAGGCUGAUAUGAAGGAGCGGCUGGAGGAGUUGGAGCAUCGCUGCAUACAGCUCUCUGGCGAAACAGACACCAUUGGGGAGUACAUCGCAUUGUACCAGAGUCAAAGGGCCAUCCUUAAACAACGACACCAGGAAAAGGAGGAGUAUAUCAGCAGAUUGGCUCAGGACAAGGAAGAGAUGAAGGUGAAACUACUGGAACUGCAGGAGUUAGUGAUGCGUCUGGUCAGGGAAAGAAAUGAAUGGUACAGCAAGUAUGUAGCAGCUGCUCAAAACCCAGAGCUGUUGGCGAGCCAGAGUGAAGGUGUACUGCCCGUGGAGAGGCGCAUUGAACUGAAUGCUACUGAUGGAGAAGGGCUACGAGAUGUGAAUUUAUCAGAUGAAAUGGAACAAGAGGCUGCGGUUCUUCAUCAAUCCGGUUUUUCCCCUAUUGACAAUAAAGCUGUUCAACCAAGCCAAGAGGACCCCACUGCAAAGCAAAUCAUGCAGCUUCUCAGAGAAAUCCAGAACCCUCAGGAGAGGCUGAGCUCCCUGCUGGAAAACCCGUGCAUUCCCUUCUUCUACCGUGCUGAUGAAAACGAUGAGGUCAAAAUCAUGGUAGUUUAAGAGGUGCUAAAUCUUAUUCACAGCAAUUUUCUAUGAGCCUGAAAGGACUUAACUGACUUGUACGUGCCCAUACCUCUGCUCAGUGCCCUUGGUCAGAACAGAUGCUUAAAGACAUCAGGAAAGAGGGAUUGCAUCAGACAGAACUUGAGCAUCAGCCCUCAUCUUCCCCUUCUUCUGUUACUUGGUGUGCUUGGAGCUCAAACUAACCUUGGGAGGCAGCUGGUGCUGGCGUUUGGCUGGGGAAAGGGGCUUCCAUGACUUGGGGCAAAUGACUGAAUCCCUUGUGCUGGACUCUGGUGCCAGCAGCCAGCUUCACAGCAGCGGUUCUGAUCCAUCACUCAUGACUGUCAUCAGCCUAGUCCCUUCCAGGGCUCCCAAAGUAACUAACUUAUUCUGGUAAUGAACUCUUUGGCCUUUAAACAGGUUACUUCUGUUUCAUACUAUGUAUCUUAAACUUCCCUCUCUCUUCUGCAGCUUGCCUCUUGCAACUGUAUUUGAAACCAGCCUUGAACAGCCAACAGGUAGAGGCUCCUGGCUGUUCCCAGUGCUAGGGUGAGGACCCAGGGUUGCCUUUUGAGUCUUUUUGGUUACUUGACAAAGCUUUAUGUGAUUCUUGGGAGUGGGGUGGAAAUGUAACUGCACUUUGAAGGAUGUGUUUCACUUGUAUGUGUCUGAAGGUUUUAUUUAUUUUAAAAAUGGGAGAAAUAAGUAAAAGGAAACCACUUAAUAAACAUGCUUUGUUUUGAA